AUGGCUAUAAUUGCAAGUUUUUCAAGACAAAUUCAUGCAUGUUCGCUCAUAAUAUUCCACCUAAGAUUUUUCAAAAACCAAUUAAUAAAACUCCUUGUAGAUAUGGUAAAGAUUGCAAUAAAGGCUCUAGUUGUUUCUUUUAACAUGACAUCUCCUAAAAUAUAGAAGCUGAAUGUAAAUUUGGACUCUAAUGUUAAAGAAGAGAUAGUUGCAGAUUCAAGCACCCAGAUGAACCUGGCAAUGUUGAAGGCAGGGAAGAAAAGGAAGAUGAUGAUGUUCAAGUCUUUUGCCUUUUUAAUUUAUAAUGUACUUCUGAGUAAUGCUUUAGAAUGCAUUCUACUUCUUCAGGAAAAUCUCCUUAAUACGAAAUCAAUUAAACUUGCAGCAAUGUUUUAAUCAAUAAAGUUUUAACGGAAAUGCUCUUAACAUCUAAAAUCAAAUGUUCAUAAAUAAAAAUAGUGA